AACGUGAGCGGUUGUUAAGGAAGGUGUCGGAGCGGGCAGCAGCGUUGUAUCCUUAAGGGAGCCACAAGCGCCUCACAAGCAGAUUACUACACAAUGUCGCGAGAUAGCAGGCGCAGGAGGUCUCGUAGCCGUUCUCGGACUCCAGACCGCAGAAGAUCACGAUCCCGAGACAGGGAUAGGGAUAGAGAUAGAGACAGGGAUCGAGGCAGAUCCCGUCGAUCCCGAUCCAGAGACCGCCACAGGUCACGCAGCAGAGAGAGGAGGAGGUCAAGAUCCCGUGAUAGACGCUCAAGAUCAAGAGACAGAUCGAGAUCUCGAGAAAGAGAUAGGGAUAGGAGGUCAAGAUCUCGUGAUAGAGACAGGAAGAGGAGUAGGAGCAGAUCACGAGACAGAGACAGAAAGAGGAGCAAGAGGAGCAAGUCACACUCUCCAGCCAAAGUCAAACCUGUCGCCCAUCCUCCAAAGCCUCAAGAACCAUUGCCUGCAGAACCCAAGGAUGAGGAGGAGACGGGUCUUGACUUUGAUCCCUCCAAAGUAGAUAAGGAAGAGGCAGAAAAACGCCUUGAAGCUGAAAUGCAAAAAAGAAGAGAGCGUAUUGAGAAGUGGAGAGCAGAGAAAAAGAAACGGGAAUUGGAAGCAGCCAAGAAGGAAGCAGAGAAAGGAACGUUAGGAGCCAAUGUGCCAAAAGUCUCAAUAAAAGCCUGGAGUCUAGAGGAUGAUGAGGAAGAGGAAGAAGGCGAGAACAAAGAGGGUGAUGGUAAACCGGAAGAGGAAGAUGAAGUUGACCCACUCGAUGCAUUUAUGUCAGGCAUUCAGGAAGAAGUUCGAAAAAUAAAUCGUGUAGACAUUCGAGGAGGUGUGAGACGUGGAGUGAAAACAAGUGUAUUUGGAAAUGAAGCUGGGGGAAUGAAGAAGCCAGUUAUUAUUGUAGGAAUGGCAAAGAAAGUUAAUGCUAAGAAGAAAGGAGAGUUAAUGGAACAAAACCAAGAUGCAUUAGAAUAUUCAUCUGAGGAAGAGGGAGAAGAUCUCAAAGACACCAUGGCAAGCAUCAACUCUAAAGGAAAGAAGGAGUUGGUGAAGGUUGACCACACAACCAUCGAUUAUGUGCCCUUCAGGAAGGACUUCUAUGUGGAAGUGCCAGAGAUUGCAAAUAUGAGCAAAGAGGAUGUGGACGCAUACAGAGCGGAGUUGGAAGGCAUCAAGGUGAAAGGUCAGGGAUGUCCCAAACCAAUCAAAACCUGGGCUCAGUGUGGAGUGAGUAAGAGGAUCCUGGAUGUGCUGAAGAAGAGUAAUUAUGAGAAACCAACACCAAUUCAAGUGCAGGCUAUACCCGCAAUCAUGAAAGGAAGGGAUGUUAUUGGAAUUGCCAAGACUGGAUCAGGAAAAACUCUGGCAUUUCUUUUGCCAAUGUUUCGUCAUAUUGUGGAUCAACCGCCUUUAGAGGACACAGAUGGCCCUAUUGCCAUUAUUAUGACACCAACACGAGAGCUCUGCAUGCAAAUUGGUAAAGAAUGUAAAAAAUUUGCAAAAAACAAUUUGAGAGUAUGCUGUGUCUAUGGUGGUACAGGAAUAUCCGAGCAAAUAGCUGAGCUCAAAAGAGGAGCUGAAAUCAUUGUGUGUACUCCUGGACGAAUGAUUGACAUGUUAGCUGCAAAUGGUGGAAGAGUCACCAAUCUUCGCAGAGUCACGUAUGUUGUACUAGAUGAAGCUGAUCGUAUGUUUGACUUGGGAUUUGAGCCACAGGUAAUGAGAAUAAUAGAAAAUAUUCAGCCAGCCCGUCAGACGGUCAUGUUUUCAGCCACAUUCCCACGACAAGUAGAAGCUCUAGCUAAAAAAAUACUUACAAAACCGAUUGAAAUCAUGGUUGGAGGAAGAUCUGUUGUGUGCAGAGAUGUCACACAGGAGGUUGUCCUUCUUGACGAAGAUCAGAAAUUCCUGAAGUUAUUAGAGAUCCUUGGCCAGUUUUAUGAGCGUGGUCAGACAAUUGUCUUUGUUGAUAAGCAAGAAAAUGCUGACUCUUUGUUUAAGGACUUGCUCAGCCAUUCAUACCGGGCUUUAGUUCUUCAUGGAGGAGUAGACCAAAUAGAUCGAGAUAGUACAAUGUUGGAUUUCAAAGCUGGAAGAGUACCCAUCAUGGUGGCUACUUCGGUUGCUGCUCGAGGUCUGGACGUCAAACAGCUUAUUUUGGUGGUCAACUUUGAUUGCCCCAAUCAUUAUGAGGAUUAUGUUCAUAGGUGUGGUCGUACUGGCCGUGCUGGCAACAAAGGGUGGGCUUAUACCUUCCUAACUCAAGAUCAGCCUCGUUAUGCAGGAGAAAUUAUUCGUGCCAUGGAAUUGUCUGAGACCCCAGUUCCUACUGAUCUUCAAAAAUUCUAUGAUGAAUAUAAGCAGAAAAUGGAAGGAGAGGGGAAAAAAGUGAAAACCGGCGGGGGUUUCCAUGGCAAAGGCUACAAGUUUGAUGAAUCUGAGGCAAACUUUGCCUCGGAGAAGAAGAAAUUUGAAAAAGCUGCCCUGGGUCUUGCCGACUCUGAUGACGAGGACAUUGAGCAGGACAUUGACCAGCAGAUUGAGAGUAUGCUAAACACAAAGAGGACAGUCAAGGAAAUUAAGGUGGCUUUCACAUUUCGACAGGCUCCUGACGUGUCUUCAACGCAAGGGGAUAGCAUGUCGGGCAUCUCCCUCGGUGGUCCUUCUGCCUCCGACAAGUUGGAACUGGCUCGUAAAUUGGCUCAGCGCAUCAAUCUUCAACAUAACAUUGGCAAGGAGGCCAAAGGUGCCAGUCAGCAGGCUGCAGAGUUUAUUCUCAAGGGCGGAGCAGCUAUGCAACCCACCAUAUCUGCCAAGACUGUUGCAGAACAGAUGGCACAAAAAUUGAAUAAUAAGUUGAACUAUCAGCCCCGUGAUGAUCAAGAGGAGGAGGAAGAGACUGCAGAAGAGACUCAUCACAAGUAUGAGGAAGAACUUGAAAUUAAUGACUUCCCACAGCAAGCUAGGUGGCGAGUAACGAGUAAGGAAGCUCUGGCCCAAAUCUCUGAAUAUUCCGAAGCUGGAAUAACAGUAAGAGGAACAUUCUGUCCAGCGGGUAAAAAUCCGCCCGAAGGGGAGCGCAAACUCUUCUUAGCUAUUGAAUCUACAUCCGAGUUAGCUGUGUCUAAAGCGAAAGCUGAAAUCAUUCGAUUAAUACGUGAAGAACUUGUGAAACUGAGAACUAGUGCAGGUCCUGUAAAGGCUCAAGGAAGAUACAAGGUUCUUUAGGAAGGCCUCUGCUCUUCUGAAAGUAUUCCUGCAAAAUUGAUAUGAUUACACAGUAUAUAAAUAUAUGCAGCGUUAGUGAAAAUUUAUUGUUAGGAAGGACAUAAAGAUGCAAUUAAUUUGCCUAAAUUGUAUAUUUUGGCAGCUCCAAAUAAGGUACAGUAUAACUUUACAGUGUACAGUACUUCGAAAUUUAAUUAGUAAUGGAGUUUCUCACAUGUUGAAUUUUCUUUUUUCUUUCAAGCUUUUCCUACCUGCAUGAUAUUUGGCUCUUAUUUGGAGCUGAAACUAGUUCAGUUCAGUAGAGAUACGAGGACGGAUUAAAUAAUUUGCUCCAGUAAUUUUGGAUGAUGUAAGUUCCUUUUAUUUAUAUAUUUUCAUUUGAUUAUAAAGCAUAUAAUUUUUGUAUCAAGAUGUAUAUUCUGGUACCAAUAUCUCAUAAACUGCGAGUUAAUUUGUGUAUUUAUUAUUUUUAAUUUCAUCUCGAGAAUGUCUUAAACAAGUUUUCUACCUUCUCUCAUGUCACUUUAGUCUUAUUUAUUAAGUACCUGGAGAGCCGGGCCAUUGUCUUUUUCUUAUAUUAAAUGCAAGACGUGUUAAGAAAUUUUAAACCAUGUUUAAAUUAAGCUUACCUAUUAAAACUAAAGGGCAUAAAUGAUCUUUGAAGUAAGGAAGCAUUGGCUAAUGAAGGGAUAUUACAGGUAAAACCCAUUGCCUUCUCCUAAAUCAUACUGCCAGCAAAGCCUUAGCCUUGACUUUCAGUGACUGAAAAUCAUAUUGGUUUCAUAUUUGGUAUGAAAUUUUUAUAUUUAUUUCUUCAUUCUGAGUUUUUUACUAGGCAAAUUUCAUGGCACCAUGGAUAGUAUACUAGCAUUACACAGUUUUAUCUAAGAAUAGAUAUUUCAAAUAUGUAUGCUAUAAUUGUGUAAUACUGUAUAUAAUUAACCCUUGGGCAGCGACUAUUAGAAAAUGGUCAUGCCUGCUUAUGCGCAAUAUACAGUAUAAUAUAUAUAUAUAUAUAUAUAUAUAUAUAAUAUAUAUGUUAUCUAGCAGUAAAUAGGUACCU